UUGGUUUUUUUUAAUUUGACUGGGUUUUCUUUUCAAGUUAAAAGUUAUUAAACAAAUACAACAGUGAGCAGUUUUACCGCAACUCCUGUUUUGUCCAUCUCUAGUUUACCGGCAUGCGUGCAAACCAAACAAAAAUUUGUACACGAGAUGAAACUCAGCGUUGACGGCCUACUUGUUUACUUCCCAUACGAGUAUAUUUAUCCAGAGCAAUAUGCAUAUAUGUUGGAGCUUAAACGCAGUCUGGAUGCCAAAGGACAUUGUCUACUUGAAAUGCCGUCGGGUACCGGCAAGACCGCCACAUUGCUAUCGCUCAUUGUUGCUUACAUGAUAGAGCAUCCGGAAACGGUGCGCAAGCUUAUCUACUGCUCCCGCACAGUGCCUGAAAUCGAAAAGGUUAUAGCAGAGUUGCAAAACCUGAUGGUAUACUACGAGCGUCAUGCACCCAUCCCGCCCGGAUUUACUGGCCUGGUGCUUAGCUCACGUAAAAACAUGUGCAUACAUCCGGAGGUGAGCAAGGAGCGGGAGGGCAAAGCUGUGGAUGGCAAGUGUUAUGGGUUGACGGCAAGCUACAUACGGGACCGGCAUGAGAUGGAUGGUGGAGAGACGCCAAUAUGCCAGUACUUUGAGGGCUUCAGCUUGGAGGGCAAGGAGUCAACUUUACCCGUCGGCAUCUACAGCAUAGACGAUCUCAAAGAAUAUGGCCGCUCGCGAAACUGGUGUCCCUAUUUUCUGGCACGUUACGCAAUCGCACAUGCACAUAUUGUGGUUUAUAGCUACCAUUAUCUGCUUGAUCCAAAAAUAGCACAGGUUGUGUCUAAGGAAAUGACGCGCGAAUCCUGUAUAGUUUUCGAUGAGGCGCACAACAUUGACAAUGUCUGCAUUGAUUCGAUGAGUGUUAAGAUCAACAGACGAAUAGUGGAGCGCAGUACUAAUGCUUUGAAUCAGUUGACAAAAUUGGUCCAAGAUAUACGGGAUGAGGAUACAAAUCGUCUGAACGAAGAGUACCAACGCAUGGUGCAGGGUCUCAAGGAUGCCAGCGUACAGCGAGACACGGACAUGAUACUGGCCAAUCCAGUACUGCCCAAUGAUGUGCUUAAAGAAGUUGUGCCUGGGAAUAUUCGCAAUGCCGAUCACUUUCUCAGUUUUCUUCGACGAUUCAUUGAAUACAUUAAGACGCGUCUGCGAGUCCAUCAUGUGGUACAGGAGUCGCCCGCCGGAUUUCUCAAAGAUGUUUCAUCAAAAAUUUGCAUAGAACGGAAACCCCUGCGUUUCUGCGCUGAGCGUUUGAGCAGUUUGCUGCGGACGCUUGAAAUCACCGACAUGACGGAAUAUGGCGCAUUAACUUUGAUCACACAUUUUGCUACGCUCGUCUCAACAUAUACCAAAGGCUUCACCAUAAUUGUAGAGCCAUUCGAUGAUAAAACGCCAACAGUGUCCAAUCCCAUAUUGCAUUUUAGUUGCUUGGACUCAUCCAUUGCCAUGGCGCCAGUUUUUAAGCGCUUUCAAACGGUUGUCAUCACCUCCGGCACACUUUCGCCAAUGGAUAUGUAUCCCAAGAUCUUGGAUUUUGAUCCGGUUGUAAUGAGUUCAUUCACUAUGACACUGGCCCGACCUUGUCUUUUGCCCAUGAUUGUCUCGAAGGGUAAUGAUCAGGUUACCAUUUCAUCCAAGUUUGAAACUCGAGAAGACACCGCUGUCAUACGUAACUACGGUCAGUUACUUGUAGAAGUGGCAAAGACUGUACCUGACGGCAUUGUAUGCUUCUUUACAUCCUAUCUGUAUUUGGAAUCUGUUGUUGCUUCCUGGUACGAUCAAGGCAUUGUAGACACAUUGCUUCGCUACAAGCUGCUGUUCAUUGAGACGCAGGACAAUGCCGAGACGAGCUAUGCACUGAUGAAUUAUGUUAAGGCCUGCGAUUGUGGUCGCGGCGCGGUGCUGCUCGCUGUGGCGCGUGGCAAGGUCUCCGAGGGUGUGGAUUUCGACCAUCAUUAUGGUCGCGCGGUACUCAUGUUCGGAAUUCCAUAUGUGUAUACACAAUCGCGCAUUCUCAAGGCGCGCCUUGACUACCUGCGUGAUCAGUUUCAAAUUCGCGAAAACGAUUUUCUGACCUUCGAUGCCAUGCGGCAUGCGGCGCAGUGUGUAGGACGUGCGCUGCGCGGCAAAACGGACUAUGGUAUCAUGAUAUUCGCAGACAAGCGUUUUUCACGGCAGGACAAGCGUUCGCGUUUACCCAAAUGGAUACAGGAACACUUGGUGGACAGUUUCUGCAACCUAAGUACCGAGGAGGCCGUGCAGCUGGCUCGCCGUUGGUUGCGACGCAUGGCUCAGCCAUUUACACGUGAGGAUCAGCUCGGAAUAUCGUUGCUAACGCUUGCGCAGCUGGAGAGCAUGGAGCAGGAAAAAUUGGAGCGGCAGGCGCAGGGCAAAGAGGGUGUUGGCGGCGAGGUGCAGGAGCUGUGAAUGUGUAGAACCGGUUCAAAUAUUGAGCGACAGCUGAUCCGGCUUCCUUCCGCAAAGUUUCUUUCCACUUUUCAACAGCUGCUGUAUCUGCUGCUACUGUAUUUGUAUAAGCGCGUUUGAAAUUGCCUGUGUGUGUGUGAGUGUGAUUGUUCGAUUGUUUGUAAUAAAAAACAUUUUUGCUGCCAAGCUAAUGACAUUGAAUGCCAUUAUACAGCGCGGCAAAAACAAAAUUAA